AUGGAAGGUCCUACAGGACCCAAUCCAUGCCGGCUACAAGGCAGCAACGAGCCCGCUAUCGACAGACUGACCAUAGACGGUAGACCGGAGUUGAGCUGUCAAAGCGACAGCAACUGUCAGUGCGAAGGCGAAGUGAAGAUCAAAAGCAAGAGGUUCGGCCGAGGUGCUGUUGAGUCAGGUUUAACGCAUGAAUGCGGCGUCUUCGGAGCAAUUGGGACUGGAGAAUGGCCCACGCAAGUGGACGUGGGACAAGUCAUUUGUUUGGGACUGGUUGCGUUACAACACAGGGGUCAAGAAUCCGCGGGCAUAGUGACGUCAGAGGGGAAAAGCGCGCGAACCUUUAACUCUCAUAAGGGUAUGGGUCUCAUAAACAACAUCUUCAAUGAUGAAGCCAUGAAGAAACUCAAAGGCAACCUUGGGAUUGGACACACUAGAUACUCGACAUCCGCGGCGUCUGAAGAAGUCAAUUGUCAGCCGUUUGUUGUUCACACGGCGCACGGCGCUCUUGCUGUAGCUCAUAAUGGCGAACUCGUUAACUGCAGUAGCCUGAGGAAGAUGGUGUUGGGUCGUGGAGUAGGUUUAUCAACGCACUCGGACUCCGAGCUAAUCACUCAAGCUUUGUGUCUCAACCCACCAGAGGGUGAAACUAAUGGUCCCGACUGGCCAGCAAGGAUCAACCAUCUCAUGAGGUUGGCACCUCUCAGUUACUCUUUGGUAAUCAUGUUGAAAGAUAAGAUUUAUGCAGUGCGAGAUCCCUAUGGCAACCGACCGCUUUGCCUUGGAAAAAUUCUACCGCUUGGAUCAUCAUAUGUCUACAAACAAUCGUCAGCGCAGCAUGCCGCGGUUUUGAUGAACGGUUGUGCAAAGAACGGUUUAGAAGACAAAGCUGAAGGUUGGGUGGUGUCUUCAGAGUCCUGUGGUUUUCUGUCUAUCGGGGCUAGAUACGUCCGGGAAGUAUUACCGGGUGAAAUAGUAGAGAUGUCUAGACACGGUAUUCGUACGGUUGACGUCGUGGAGCGGCCGGAAGGCAAGCAGCAAGCUUUCUGUAUCUUCGAGUACGUCUAUUUCGCGAGAGCAGAUAGUUUAUUUGAAGGUCAAAUGGUAUACUCAGCGAGGUUGCAAUGUGGCCGUAUGUUGGCGCGAGAGUCGCCGGUCGAUGCUGAUAUUGUCUCCUCCGUACCAGAAUCUGGUACUGCAGCUGCACACGGUUAUGCCAGACAGUCCGGAAUCCCAUUCAUGGAAGUACUUUGCAAGAAUCGGUACGUCGGGCGUACGUUCAUCCAACCGUCUACACGGCUACGACAACUUGGUGUCGCUAAGAAAUUCGGCGCACUUUCGGAAAACGUUCGUGGAAAGAGAAUAGUUCUAAUAGACGACUCUAUAGUGCGUGGGAACACUAUUGGUCCGAUUAUUAAGCUAUUAAGAGACGCAGGAGCGGCUGAGGUACACAUAAGGAUAGCUUCACCGCCGCUGAAGUACCCGUGUUACAUGGGAAUCAAUAUUCCCACCAGAGAAGAACUAAUUGCAAAUAAAAUGGACACAUUUAAGUUAGCCGAACAUGUCGGCGCUGAUAGUCUGGAGUACCUUAGUGUAGAAGGUCUAGUUAGCGCGAUUCAUUAUAACAUGAAAGCUACACCUAGUGACGGGGUAGGUGGGCACUGUACCGCUUGCCUGACCGGAGACUAUCCGGGGGGUCUGCCUGAAGAUGUCGAUUGGUAA